AUAAUACAAAAAGGGUAUGAUCGAUUCCAAAUAAUGAAACUUGCUUUUCCUUCUUGUCCUAUUUACCAACCUUCUAUAUAUAAAUCAAUACCCUCAAAAUCCCCCUUUCCUUGACAAUCAAUCAAGCUUCCACUUCCAACCAUGUGCAAAGGCGUAGAACAGGAAGAAACCAAAGCCCCCGUCCGGCAACGUCUGACCACCGAUGACCGGGCAGCCCGCGGUGGCGAUCCUGUACGGUGCGAGCUAUGCGGUUCGAGGGCGUCGCUGUAUUGCGAAGCCGACGAGGCGUAUUUGUGCGGGAAGUGCGACAAAUCGGUUCACAACGCGAAUUUCUUGGCCCUGCGGCACGUCCGGUGCUUGCUUUGCAACACCUGCCAGAGCCACACGCAACGGUACCUAUUGGGAGCUUCCAUGGAGGUUGUGGUUCCAAGUAUUGUGAGUAGGGAGAGGAAUUUCCUUAAUUACCACUGUGAUUCAGAUGGUUUUGUUCAGAAUUGCUCCCAAGUUUUGAAAACUCCUUGUCUCUUUCUGUAAUUCCCUUCUUUAAUUUGGCCUUGUUUAUUAUUAUCAUUAUAUUUUUUUUCCAUGUUAUAAACUUAUAAUUAUUUAAAGUGAAAAAAUCUCUGAUUUUAGGAGAUCA